UUAGAAAUUAAGUCCUGAGUGGGAUCUCACGUUUGGUGGAUAGAACGACAAACUAUGACGCUGCGGACUGCUGGAAGUAAACUCUGGGUUCUAUAAACAAUUUUUUUGGCACCCCACAGGAAUUCCAAAAGGUAAGUGGGGCCAGGGGACGCUUUAAAUGGUGUUAAUAACAGAGGAACAAGGAAAAGAGUCAAAGCUUAGAGAGAAUGGGUUUGCCGGCGGAGUUGGACUUGGCAACCGUAGAGCGACCACCUUGGCAGUGGAAACACCCACCAUGUCCGUCUGCGAGGUCGAUGAAGACGGAGUUGAGAGCGAGGUCUCGGGAGAGGACACCAAUGAACAGAUGGAAGCUGAUUACACCCGCAACUACUGGGAGGAUGAGGACGACAUUUAUCAGGAAUUUGAGGAGCUGGACUUCGAUGCCCUACCGGAUCGCUUGGAUACCCAGAGCAUCACCUCAGACGACUCCUUCUAUCCCCUCGACGACUCAGUAAUCUCCCAGUUGAACCGCUCCCUCUACCGCCCUGAAACCCCCGAGCCCAUCUCCUUCUUUAAGGCCUGCUGCAACAACAAUGCCAUCAUAGUAAAGAUUAUGAUCAGACAAGGAGUGACUGAAGAAGAGGUAAAAGAGACCGACCGGAACAGAAGAUCCGGGCUCAUUGCGGCGUGCUAUCAUGGCUAUGUGGAUGUGGUCAUGGCUCUCUCUCAGUGUCCUUUCCUGGACGUGAACUGGCAGGACAACGAGGGCAACACCGCCCUUAUCAUUGCAGCUCAAGCAGGUCAUGCAUUUAUCUCCAACUACCUGCUGAACUACUUCCCAGGUUUGGAUAUUGAGAGGAGGAACUGUCAUGGUUUCACAGCUUUGAUGAAGGCAGCAAUGCAAGGCAGGCUCGAGUGUGUCAGAGCCCUCAUGCUAGCAGGAAGUGAUAUCCAGGCUCGGGACUAUGGACGGCAAAUGACCCCCAGGGAGUGGGCUCUCUUCACUGGUCGAUACGAGACGGCUGCCCUGAUGCUUCAGCUUGUAUCUAAGCCCUGUGCUGAGCAGUUCUGUGACUCCUUCUCCCUAGAGUGGCCAUUGUUAGAGGAGCUCGUUUUUAAGGCCCAAAACCCACAGACGCUUUGUCAACGCGUGACGAAAAUCCUCUCUUGCUGCCCGUACAAGUUCUACUUCAACAACAAAGUAAACCCUGCGAAUGAUGGCGUCCUGGAACACAUGGUGAGAGUGACCACAGCCAUCUCUAGUCCCUUCAUGGCCACGGCGUGCCACACGGUAUGCCCGGGCAGCCCGCCGUGCAUUGGCAAGCGGCGGCACGCCGUGCAGGAGAUCCUGAGGAGGCAACGGGUAGCAGAGCUCAAACGCCUCGGCCCCGACAGGCUGAACAACUAUAAAAAGCUCUUCCAGAACUCCAGGGUACUCCUCAUUACCAAAGCGAGGGAUCGGCGGGCAAGCCUGCAACCUCAAGUGCUCAGUGACAUGGCGUCCGCGUCGUCGGUGGCCUUCAGACGAGCCAGUCUCCUGCCACUCAACAUGCUGAGGAGAAGUAGCGUGCGGCCGGGCAUUGUGGUGCCAAAGGUCAGGCUCUGCAAGGCUCCCCCUCCAACCUUCAUGCCAGAAAACCCAAGCAGAGGCAGCGACGACAAACAGCUUCAGAUCCCCAAAUGGGAUUACAGGAUGAAGAAAAUAGAGAGGAGGCAGGAGGAGGAGCGGCAACGGAUGCUGGCUCUUCUAAGAAGGAGGUGAAGGGCAGAAAGAAUAAGUCACAGCAGGACAUGGCUUUCUGCAGCGUCCAGAUACAGCUUGAAGGUGUCAUGUGGCAAAGCAGUCGCAAAGCACAGCGUCGUAGCCUUAGCGAAUCUGAACCUUUAAUGUGAAUAUAACUGCGAGUUGUUGUUUCUGCUUGUUUAGAUUGUUGAUGCUGAUGGCCUUGUUGCCUUGUUUCUACUUGAAUUUGCACUCUUCCCAUGAGCGGUGUAAUUUAUUAUGCUAAAUCGUAGAUAAGGGAGCAAAAGAGGGAAAAGGUAACCAUGUAACUUGAAUGAAAUGUUACAGUAUCGGGUAAUGUUCAACAGAUCAGACAACUUUCCACGCAUCUAAAGGUACGCUGUAAUACAAACAAGCUACAAAACAUUCUUUUUUUUUACAUAGCCAGCCCUUGUGAAGUUCUGUACAAGGUAUCAUGCUUAAAAGGAGUUAUUUAGGUCGCAAACAUUUCCUUUUAAAAUAGUAGACAUUAAAAAUAAAGGAUUAAAAUGACUGAUCAAAAAGGCAAAGAUGUAACGAAGGUACUUAGCAGAAAGUGUAAUUAGGUAGAAUAUAACAGUUUUUACCUAUGUAUGGAUACAAAGGUGGAAUGGGCCCAGAAUAAGGCAAUUCAUUUACAACCUGCCAGACCGAUAAAGGAUGGGGAGAAUUUCAACACAACCAAAUGAAGGGAAGAAAGACGGUCCUACGGAGCACACAGCAGGACGUCAGAACAAGACAAAAGGUCCUUCUUCACUGCUGCAGAGUAAGGACGAAAAGCAGUUAAGCAGCGUUUCAGAGUGGAGUUGAAGAGCUAGCUCAGAGGCUUUAUUAGGGCUUUGUGAAGAAGCUGAAAAGCAGAGCCAAAAAUAAACAGCUUAGUUCUUCACUCUGACAUGCUGACUUUUAAAGUUAUCACGGGAUAGUUCUGCCAAAUGAAGGGUGUCAUUAGCUAGGGGGGAAACAAGCAAAAUGGGGGUUUAACACAAUAUAAGUGUCAGUAAAAAAAAAAAUAGACAUGAGAGAAAAAACAUGAUAGUUCCAGAAUUCUUAAUUUUUUUAGGUGUCUGCUAUAAUCACCAAAAUUUUUUAUUGUUUUUUUUCUGUUUUUAAAUAGAUAGCAUCAAAGCUAACAAUGCAGUUUAUACCAGUCAUGCUACAUAACUUAGCACUAGCACUUGAAAGUCACUUUUGCUAAUUUUUAGUUUUGAUCUAAAACACGUAGAAGAAACGGCUAAGUAUAGCUUUGAUAUUGCUGGCGGUUAAAUGUUACAUUCAUCUGUGGAAAACUACGGUACAAAAUCAAAUCAAAAAUGUUUUACUAGACCUGAACACUUACUCAGUUUGCCAGUUAUUUUACAUGAUAAGAAUGGAAGGAUUAUCUUUUUAACAAGUUGUGAAAAAUGACCUCAGUUGAGGUGGCUCGGGCAUCUGGUCAGGAUGCCUCCUGGACGCCUCCCUGGUGAGGUGCUCCGGGCACGUCC